GCCCCGUUCCCGAACAAACUGCACGUCAAUGGAGUGUCACUGGCUGGUGGGUCCCAGGCCCAAACCCAACCCUCCCAGAGCAACCACCGCUCCCUGGGUAGGAGGACCCUGCGGUUCGGGGGGUCCAGGGGGGGAACUGCUCGGGGAUCGGGAUCGACGGGGGACCCAGAGACUCCAGGACAGAUCGGGAACAGGACCCACCCGAGAGACCCAGCCCCAGGGGCUCCGGACAACACCGACUGUACCAGAGGGCGGCAACAGGCCAAUCAGAGUCGGAGGAAGAGACAUGACGUUCCAUUCCUGAGAACCUCUGCCUUGGAGAUCCCAGCCUCGAAACUGGACCUUGCCCCCUCGAACUUCCCCCCUCUCCCUGGAGGACAGACCAGCACCCCCUCUGGAGAAUCCCAGUCAGAGGCACACAUUUCCCAUGUGGGGGUCAGUCUCAACUCAGACCUGGACGCCCCUGUGGAUACCCAGAUACCAUCCUGUGUCCCAGAUCCUGGCAAACUCCCGGAUAAUCCAAGACACCCACCGUCUGACCCAGUCCAUCCCUGUGAGGGGACUCAGGCCGGGGAACACUCAGACAGCCGCUCUGUGACGGAUGAAUCCUGCAGGAAACCCACUGCAUGUUGCUCCCCUGGUGCCUCUGUCCCGCGGGUCAGUCCACCCUCUGGCCCCACUACGGAAUCCCGGAGACUGAGUUACGCCGAGAUCUGUCAGAGACGCCCCCCUCAGACACUCCCUGGGGAGGGAGUCCAGCCUCCGCGAGGGGGGAGGAGGAGAAGGGAGGGGGCGGGAGGGGGGGCGAGCCCUGGGUACGGGCAGGGGCAGAGCAGGAGACCCCGUGCCGGGGUCAGGGGCUCUGAACGCCUGCAACUGAAGAUCCACGUCCCCUCGAGAGGGGGCUUCUUAGUUCAAGGCCGGUCCGAGGAAGCGACGAAUGCGGUGAACCUUCUGGAAAACAGUCCCAUCCCUCUACGGCCUCACGCCGCACCCCGUCUGCCACUUCCUUGCCCGCUCCCCCUGACCCGUCCAAACACCUUCUGCGGCCUUCCCAGCCCCUCCACCUGCCUCGCCAAACCCGGGCAGAACGGCCUCAGUUCCACGCUGGCGAAGCUUCCUCCCUGCAAUCCUGCCUUACCUCCCCAUCCCUCCUUCUACCUAUGUGUCGUUGGUACCUACAUGGUUCCCCUUCAGGACCCCAAAGCCUGCGGCCUACGCCCCCUGAUGGGUGAGCCAGUGUCCAGCCGGAUCGUGGGGGGGCAGGACGCUCUGCCCGGCGCCUGGCCCUGGCAGGUCAGUGUCCAGUACAAACAGCGCAACGUCCAGCAGCACGUCUGUGGGGGAACCAUCAUCGCCGAGCGAUGGGUUCUCACUGCAGCUCACUGCUUCUGCGACAGGAUGAGUAACCAGUUCUCCUGGUUGGUGGUGAUUGGGCUUCAUCAACGGUCCCAGUUUGAUGCUCACGCCCGUGUGCUGGUGGUGGACAGGAUCCUACAACACAAGGAGUUCAACAGAGAGACGCUGGAACACGACGUGGCCUUACUGAGACUGCACAACGCCAUCGUCUACUCCCCAUAUGUCCAGCCCAUCUGCCUGCCCCACCCCCACCAACAACUGACCCAACUCAACCCCUGCUACAUCACCGGCUGGGGAGCGAGAGAGACCAAUGGUCCAUCAUCAGAUAUCCUGCAGGAGGCAGAGGUUGACCUGAUACCCAACAAAGUCUGUAACCGACACGACUGGUACAAUGGGAUCAUUACUCCGCGUAUGCGAUGUGCUGGCUUUGAGGCUGGACUGGUCGAUGGAUGUCAGGGAGACAGCGGGGGACCCCUGGAGUGCUUCGACCACCGGGACGCGCGCUUCUACCUGCUGGGCAUCUCGAGUUUCGGAUUGCAGUGCGGGCUGCCCCAGAAGGUGGGGGUCUACACCCGGCCGGGCGCUUACUUGGACUGGAUCCGUCUCACCCAGACCACGAACCGGGGAGUGCGCCUGGCCCCCUCGCCCCGCACCGGCUACGUCCUGGGGCUGAUCGCCGUCCGCAUGCUAGCCUGA